UUAUUCGUAUUUGAUUUUUUGGACUUUAUAUCAAUAUGGAAUAAGUGGACAACUAAAAGAAUAAUCAUCAUAACAAUCGUCAACCAAUUGUUCUGUUGAUAUAUAACGAAAUAUGUUAUUCAAUCCCCAAAAGUGUGCCUCUUGUGCUCAAAACAAACAAACAAAUAUACUUGUGACAAACAAAUGGAAUAAUAUCGACUCCAAGAAGAGUAAAGAACGAAAGCAAACCAAGCGCUCUUUCUUUGAAAAGUUCCUCAAGUUUACUGGUAAAGUAUUGUUGUUUGCAUUAUUUCAAAUACUUGCAAGUAAGAAGACUAGAAGAAAAGUGACUUUUAUCACAGCAGGGAGUUUGUUAUUUCAAGGACCACGUCAAGUUAUUAUCGAAGCUACUUGGAGACCUUUACUUUUUGUUACCUUGGCUCCUCCACUAAUUCAAUCUACCCAUCCUGGUCUAUAUAGAACUUGGCAGUUUUGGAGUAGAGUUAUUCCUAUUUAUAUUGGAUAUAAGAUAACACAAAAAGAAGCACAAACUUUGCCAGAAGAAGAAAAAAGGUUAUUGUGGGAGAAACGUCACGAAUGGGGUUCUGAGAAGGUUUACAAGUUAUGUACGGAAUUGAGAGGUUUCUAUCUUAAAGAUGGUCAGUUUUUAGGAACUCGUGCAGAUUUCAUGCCAGCUGCUUGGAUACGAAGACUAAAGACACUACAAGAUGAAGUACCUCCCGCUCCUUUUCAAGAUAUUCGACGGACGAUAGAAACUUCUUUGGACAAACCCAUCGUAGAGUUGUUUGACUGGAUUGAUCCAGUUCCUCUUGCAAGUGCAACUAUUGCUCAAGUUCAUUGUGCAAGAUUAAAGAUGAAUGGACAGUUGGUCGCAGUGAAGGCACAAUAUGCAGACCAAGAAAGGCUCUGUCAGCUAGAUCUUUCUAAUCUAUCCCGUUUAGCCGUAUUUUUACAAAGACAUGACUUGAAGUUUGAUUUGGUUUCCAUAGUGGAAGAAUUUCAGCAUCAAAUUCCAUUAGAGUUUGAUUUUGAAAGAGAAGCUCAAAUGAUGCAACGAAUAUCAAACAAUUUAAGAAGUGCUGGCAUUCUACCUCAACGAGUAGUUAUUCCACAAGUUACGCAAAAUUUAGUUUCAAGAAGAGUUUUGGUUAUGAACUUCAUCGAAGGAUUUAAGAUCGAUAGAUUGGUGACUGAAUCCUUUCCUAAUGUCGAUCGCAAUGCCAUAUUGGAGAACAUUGCCAUGGCUUACGGACAUAUGUUGCUUAUAGAUGGUUUAUUUCAUGCCGACCCUCAUCCAGGGAAUCUUGUGUUUCUUGAAGAUGGUCGUAUUGGAAUCUUUGACUUUGGUCAAGUGAAAGAGAUUGAGGAUGAUCUUCGGAUAAGGUUGUGUGAAUUGUUUGAAGCUUUGGCUCAAGAUAAUGUGAGUAACGUAGCCAACGCAUUUAGUGCUCUUGGCAUUCAAGUAGAACACAACCAACAGUCAGAACAGUUAUUGUCUCUGUAUGCUACUGGACUAUUUGACACUUGUGCCUUGCCAGCUGGUGUGGAAAUCAAUCCGUUUUCCGAAGCGAGUCCUUUGAAGACCGCACGAGUGCGUCGCUUUCCUUCCCAAUUAUUUAUGAUUUUACGAGCUAUGCAGCUGUUACGAGCACUCACCAGUGCACUUGCCUGUGACUUUUCCUUUGCUCGAGUAUUUGCUUCCUUUGCUACGACUGGAAAGUGUCUAAGAAGGUUGUCAAGUGAUUCAUUACUUGUAGAAACUGGUGACAGUUGACACAAGUACUUGUUCAAGUAAUUCUUUUUGUUGUAGGGUGUUGUGUAACACAAGAUGCGAGAGGUAGGCCCUCACCUUGUUGACUCAAUACCCUUGGCCUUUUUUCUAGCACUCAUAUUAUCCACCAGUCUAUAAAAGAAAGGAUUAGACUUUAGAGGUAAGAAGAGUGCAAGUUUUGUUGGAGAACACAAGGACAAAAUAAAAUAGUUUCACUUUUAUCCUCUUCAACCUACGUCGUCCUUCAAAAAGUAAAUCAAAUGGAUGAAUUCUGACAAAUGGAAUUUCAUGAAAAGUCUCCUACAGAUGCUCUAGUGGACACAAUAGAAUCGAUUUACAA